AUGAAUGAGUAUUUUCAUAAAGGACACUGUCUUGUUAUGGAUAAUUUCUAUAAUAGUGUGACUCUUACUCGAUUUUUAAAAGAGCAAUGUGGUACUGAUGUACUUGGUACGCUAAAUCGGCGGCGAAAAGACACUCCUCCUGACAUAAAAGCUCUAGUUGAACGACGAAUAAAGAAGGAUGAAAUAGUCGCUAGACAUUGCUCAAAAAUUACUGUCUUGUCGUGGAAGGACGUCAAAUUAGUGUCUAUGAUAUCUACUUAUCAUAAUGCUGAUACGGCACCAGGGCAACGAGCAGGUGUAGCGUGCAAUAAACCGCUUGUGGUCCAUAGUUACAAUAAGUACAUGGGUGGGGUCGACUUGAAAGACCAGAAACUAUCCAUGUACUUAUUGGAACGGAAAAGGGACCUAAAGUGGUACGUUAAGGAUUUCAUAAGACUACUAAAUAUUAGUAUUCUGAACACUUUUAUAAUAUAUCGCUCAAACUCCCAAGAUCACUCGCGCAAACUGACACAUCGAGAAUAUCGCUAUGCCCUAGCUAAAGCGUUGUCGCGGCGACAUAUUCUUACAACCCGCAUCAGACCUGCCAUACAACUUUCAAGAGGGGAAAGGUUGGAUGGAAUUGAACACUUUCCAGAACACGAAGAAAUUGAUGAUCGCAUAUCGAAAGGUCGUGUUCGCUAUGAAAGGGGACGCUGUGUGCGAUGCCCGGCUCUCGCAAAUAAAAAGCGGACAGAGAGCAAUGUAAAGUGCUCAAAAUGUCGAGUGCUUUUGUGUAUCGGUAAAUGCUGGCGUGAUUAUCAUACACAAGAAAUGCUUUCUACAUGA